UAGGUGUAGGCAUUCCGUGCAAGGUCCUUAAGCAACGGAUAAACUGCCGAAUGCUUGAAUUCCUAGAGUGCGUAACUGGGAGUUUGCAGAGAGCCACAGUUGAUCAAGGCAUUGGCUGACAUUUGCCCACAACCAUGUCAAUGACAACCAGGUCAAAGCGGGGUUCCGCCAGUGCUUCAACUGUCGAAGAUGUCAAGACUUCAUCACCUCCAAGUAAAAGAACUAAAGUAGGGAAAGUUGCUGUGACUCCCACCAGAAGCACAAGACAUAAGUCUGUGGAAGAUGUUAAGUCUGAGAAAGAAUGUGACCAGGCUAAAAUUGAAGUUGGAAGAUCCUCAAAAAGAAACACAACAUCUGGAGCACAGGCAACUACCACAAGGGAAGCAAAAGUAACAGCACCAAAGACAAGAAACAGCCCUGUCAAAAAGCCUGAUAAGUCAAAUGCUGUUCAGAAACAAGCUGAGCAACAGACAGACACAAACCAAAAGUCAGCUGCAAAGACGGAGCCUCUAACAGAGACAGAUGAGUGUAAGAUGCAAACUCAGGUUCCCAAAACCUUGCCUAUGGAAACUUCAAACUCAACUGAUUUGUCUGAUACAUUGGGAUCCCCUCUGAGGAGGACCUCCAGGAAAAGGGUCUUGAGUAAGAGAUUCCAAGACAUGGAGGUGGAGUUAAUUACACAGCAAUCAGCAAAGAAACCAACAACAGCCCAAGAUGCAAAGUCGCCAGAAACCAAAGAAGGAAUGGCAAGAGGAGGAAGGAAAAAAGAGAUGUCUGUUGCUAAAGGUGACCAGGCUGUUGAUGCUUUGGCAAGUGUUCCUGUUGAACCAGUUCCUAGUGCUGUAGUAGAUACUGUGGAAAUACAUGUCAAGAUGAUAGAAGACUCAAAAAAAGAUGAAACUGAGGCCCUCACUCAGACAGAAAAUACUGCAGAAGUCCAAGAAGUCUCAGUAACUGCUCAGCCAGAAGAUGUUGACAAAGCAGCAGAGGCCAUAAGUAUGGAGCAGCAGACAGCUGAGACGGCAGCCAUAUUGCAGGAACUGUCUGAUGUGCUCAGUUCUAUCACAGGGAAUGCUCCAGUGCAGCAAGAGGGGGUGGCAGAGGAGAACCCUCAGCAGGAGCUUCUAGAGCCCAGCAAUGGAGCCGCUGCUGACAAUUCAGUAGUAUUACUGGUGGAACCCCAUAAAGGUGAACCAUCAAAUUCCAAUGACCACAGUUAUGGAAACAGCAGUGUGAAGCUUGAUGUCCCUGUGCCUGUUACAACAACAACGACAGCAACAACGACAGCAACAGCAACAAUUGUAGAGACCUUUGAAGGGACGCGUAUUAUGCAGCCUGCUGGCAAGGGGCCCAACAUUGUGAUAGUGAAGCCUAGCAGCCUGCAGCAGGGGAAGGAAGGGGGGUCUGGGGUGGUGGAAGAGACAGGAGAAGAGUUGGAGAACACCACAGUGUAUGUGGAUGUGGUACUGAAGGAUGGGAUGUUUAUGUACAAAUGUCAAGAAUGUGAUUAUAUCACAAACAAGAAGACCAAUUAUUACAAGCACAGGAAAAUACAUAUGACCUCCCGGCCCCAUGUCUGCCAGCACUGCAACUACAAGACAUCCACCAGCAGCAACCUGAAGCGCCACAUGUCCCAGCACACUAAUGAGAGGAAUUUUAAGUGUACGCAGUGUGGCCUGGCUUUCAGGCAGAAGAUCCACUUAGAGAGACACAUCAAGUACAGGCAUGAGGAAAAGAAAGUCACCUGCCCGUACUGUGAUUACACCUGUGCUAACGAGAACCCCGACCUGAAACAGCACAUCAAACGCAGGCACGAGGCAAAGGACGAAGUGGAAGGCACUUUCAUCUGUCACAUAUGUAAUUUCACCACCAGUAAAAGGAAAGAUUUAAAGCAGCAUAUGAAAUUUCACAAGAAAGGCCCAGAGCUGAAAUUCUACUGUUCCCAUUGCUCCUUUGUUACUGAAGCACAAAGCCGUUUGUUUCGCCAUGAGUUGACUCACACCAAGGAGAAACCUUACGCCUGUGGGUUGUGUGAGUAUCGUGCCACUCAGCGAGAACAUGUGUAUCGCCACAUGCGGUCUAAGCACAACAUCAGUGUAGCAGUGAAAUCUAGGAAGAAGUCAAUCAGUGGAUUAGAACUUGAUCCUAGCCAGAGCCAGCAGCCCUCUGCUUCAGAUCCACAAGCAGAUCUGCAAGCAGCUCCACAAUUAGAUCCACAAGCAGAUCUGCAAGCAGAUCCACAGGCAAAAACACAAGCAGAUCAACAGGCAGAAACACAAGCAGAAACACAGGCAGAAAUGCAGGCAGAAACACAAGUAGAUCAACAGGCAGAAACACAGGCCACUAGUGAUAAAAUCAAACCCCAGGUGGAGACAGUGAAUGAGGUCCCACCAGACAGCCUUGAAGCCAAGCCAGAUUUGAAUGCCAGUCUCGAUGGCAAGCCACGCAAGAAGUACGACCCUCCAGACUACAGUAAUGCUGAUAAGCUUUUUGCUUGCAGCUACUGCACCAUGAGCUUUGCCAAGCUGUUAAACUUGUACAAGCAUGUCCACUCCAUGCAUGGGGAGGUUCACCCCCAGGAUGAAGAAGGCGUGUAUUCCUGUGUCAUAUGUGAUUUCAGAACUUCCAAGAAGAACAAUCUUCUCAUUCACAUGCGCAAACACAAUGUAAUGGAUACAGAAGAAGAUGAUGACCCCUACACCUCGUAUGCCUGCAUGUUGUGCGAGUACCGCAACAAGCAACGCAGGAAUUUGUUCAACCACAUGAAGAAGAAACACAAGAUCUCUAUAUUUCUGAAGAAAGAUGGUACUGCAAGCUGUGUGGUGGAUGACUCCAGCUGUAUCACCAUAGUCCAAAGAGAUGAAGAAGGCACUUCAGGGGAAAAUGUUGCCAUUGAAAGAGACCCUAUUACCAAUAAAGAGAAGAGUGUCAAACUGACUGACCUAGCCCGAUCGCUCAUGAGUAAGCAGAAAGUGUCAGGUGUUAUUAGCAACUCUCCAAAUAUCCUAGGAAGAAAUAGCCAUACUGUGAGCCAGUUCGUCUCCUUGUCACCCUAUGAUAGUAAUGUGGUCCACCACGAGGCAGUGGAAGCAAUCCAGGGUCUCCAGGCUCUGGCAGGGGAUGUGGUCAUUGAGUCUGAUGGCACCCUGAGUGCUGCUCCCCCUAUGGUAGACAAUGUCCCAACUAUGCCUGCAGCCACCGUGACUGCUGUGUCAGUGACUGGCGGGGCGCAGGGAGGGAAAACCAUCAUUGGAGAUGCUGCCUCAGACAUUCAGCUUUCUGCUGAACAGCUGAUGAAUCUGUCUUCUGGAGAUUACAUCGAAAUAAACGGCGAGAUGUACAAAGUUGAGUUCACUACUUCGGAUGAUUCUCCAGGAAGCAGCUCUCAGAAUACUCUGGUAGUACAUCAGGAGUAGUGGAUGAAAACCUGUGGCAUUCAAUUUAGAGAAUUUUGUGGGCUGUGUUAUGCACUAAGAAUAAGGCAGUAAUUUUUCUUCAAUUUCCAAGUCUGUAGGUUGGGAGGGGGGCAAGUACAUUACCUGGACAGAGGCUAUUCACCUGGAUAGCCUCAUCUUCUGAGCAAGAUGCUCAAGAUAGACUGGUUAAUUUUGGUGAUUAGCAACAUUGUCAACAAAAUCUCUUAAAGGAAGCAAAAUAACUUCAAACAUUGGAAAGUGAGCUGCUCUAUGUUAUAAUAGGAAUAACAGGAGUUAUUUGGACCAGAAUUUAAGAUUGGGUUUUAUUAAAUAACUCAAGCCACUGGACAGUUGGAAAAUUGUUUAUGGAAUUAUUAGUUACAGCAAUAGGUGUGCAGUGGGCUUUUUUGAAUGUAAAAUUUCAAGAGUUAAAUCAGAAUCUUAGUAUGAGAAGUAAGAAACUGAACGUGAACAUUGAUUUAUUAGUUAUAGACUAACUAUAAUAUUAUGUUAAUACAAUUGUUAUGCCUUGGCUCUGAUAUUUAUGUAGCCGUGUACAGAAUCGGCAGGGUUUAGUUGCAGUACACAGGAUGACAAGUUCUAGAUCUCAAAGCAUAGAUAGUUGCUGAUUUAAGGUGAACUUAUUUACUAUUCGAAUUGUUUUAAGAAAUAAUGUAAUCAACAUGUAAUGAAAUAUUAGUUACUGUAGAAAAGCUAGUACACAAAAGGGCUGUCAUAUGUAGGGUCAUUUGGUGACUGAUUUCAAGAAUUGAUUCCUCCCAAUACAGACUUACAUGAU